AUGCUGGAUCUCCAUGCCUCCUCAGUGCAGCUGGGCUCCUUCCUCGGAGGCAACCUUCUCCAUGUCGUGGCUUACCGAAAAGGCGAAUGGGAUUUGCUCGUGCCAAAGCUGUAUAACGAUCAAAGCCAAGAUGGCCUUGCGGCUUCGGUUCGAGUAGUAGCUUUUCUCGGUGCGUAUCACGCCCUGGGAAUCGCGCUGAGCAUGGUGACUUAUCGCAUUCUCUUCCACCGCCUAACUUCCUUUCCUGGUCCGUUUUUGGCGCGGGUUUCAAACUUCUAUGUCACAGCGCUCAGUUCCAAGAGGUUACACCUGUUUGCGGAGGUUGAGGCUCUCCACAAACAAUAUGGCGAUUAUGUCCGACUUGGUCCGUCAGAGUUGUCAAUCAUUGAUCCCAAUGCUCUGACUGCAAUAUAUGCGGCCAAAUCACCCUGCUCCAAGGGUCCCUUCUACAAUGUUCUCCAUCCUCGAAUGGCCUUGAACAUGAUCCGUGACAGACCGGAACAUACCAAACGCCGCAAGGAUUGGGAUCGCGGUUUUAGUUCGCGUGCUCUCAGAGACUACGAACCACGUGUAGUCAAGUAUACGGAUCAGCUCGUUGCACAUAUCCAGUCCACGCAGGGUACGCCAGUCAACGUAUCAGACUGGUUUAAUUUUUAUAGUUUCGAUGUUAUGGGAGACCUUGCAUUUGGGAAGUCGUUCAAUAUGCUAAGGGAUGGCAUCAAACACUACUUCAUGAAUUGUCUACACGCCGAUAUGCAAAACAUCGGCUACCUAGCUCACCUUACUUGGCUAUUCCCCUUCCUGAAGAUUACCCCAGUUCUGAAUACAGAACAUCUCAAGUUCUGGUCGUUUUGUACACAACAGGUAGCAGAACGACGAAAAAUUAAACCUGAUCGACCGGAUAUUUUCUCGUGGUUACUUGAAAGUUUCGAGGCCAAUGUAUAUACCAAGGCUGCAGAGCUCAACCUGAUAGGAGAUGCAUAUUUGAUUGUGGUAGCUGGAAGUGAUACUACUGCAGCAACACUCACUUGUCUCUUUUACGAGCUUGCAACUCAUAGAGCAAAACUAGAGAAACUUCAAACCGAGAUCGAUGCAUAUUUCAAGGAAGUUGAAACCCCGAGCAAUGCCUCGCUUUCUAAACUUCCAUACCUUGAUGGGGUUAUUAAUGAGACUCUGAGGCUCCACCCUCCUACGCCCUCAGGACUACAAAGACAGACACCACCCGAGGGGUUGACUGUUGGCAAUGUUUUCAUUCCGGGUAAUACCCUUGUGCAAGUCCCCAUGCAUACUUUAUUUAGAGACGAUCGAUCAUUCCAGAAUGCCUCGGAAUUUAUCCCGGAGAGAUGGACGACCCAGUCUGAGCUUACCAAGAAUGUAUCAGUCUUCACGCCCUUUUCUAUUGGCCUUUAUUCUUGUGUUGGAAAACAGCUUGCCUUGACAGAGCUACGACACGUUAUCUCCCAGCUUGUACAUCGUUUUGAUAUAGAGGUAGCUCCAGGUCAGAGCACAGAGGCUUUCUUAGAGGGUAAGAAAGACACAUUUACUCUAGCUCUUGGACCAUUAAAUCUUGUUUUUACAGAAAGGAAGCAUAGUAGUUCUAACCACUCUACUACAACGAGUGUAGUAUAG